CUUGUCCGAGUCGGGCUAGAGACUGCGACUUACAUAAGAGCUCACGCUCAGGCUCUCGGCGAUGAACUUUUACGAAAUAAGCCUAUACAAUUCAUUGAAGAGCGACAAGUCAGGCUUCAAGCAGUCACUGCAGUGCGCUUGAGUCUUCUUUUCUCCGUGUCCUCUCUCAGCGCUAUUUGGAUCUGGGGAUGUUAUUGUAUCUUCACUGCAUUUCAUUUUAAACUAGGCCAUCUGGCUGUGCAAACUGAUCCGGGCCCCAUCAAUAUGUCACCAAUUCCGAGCACGAUGCAGAUAGAAGAUUAUGUGCUCAUCGAGCGAGAAGGUGCUCAGGAAGCGACAGAUGGCCUGAGGACGAGGAGCAGGGAUGUUAGUAGACAUUGAGAUAUGUGCUUGCACAGAGGUGAACUCUAGCCUUGGCAUGGUAACACAACUUACCUUCUAUAUUUUAUCAAUUACGAUAUUCACGGUAUUCAAGUACUGGAUGUCACAAUAUGCGCCAUCACCAUACGUCUACCAAGUUUACCUCUCACCCCCCCCCCCCCCCCCCCCCCCCCCAUCUUCUACCAAUAUGACCAUACUCUCAAAUGAUCCCACUUGGUGGCCGACCAUCAGGGCGUAUAAUUUUUCUAGCUAUUUUGUAUCUGCUGCUCUUGUUGGAGUGACGUAUGACUGGGUACUUACAUUCGGGCAAGAGGUCGAAUUGGUCUGGAGGCAACGCUGGUCUCUAAUGACAGUUCUGUAUCUCAGUGUGCGCUACCUUGGAAUCGUCUUUGCUGCGGUGAUCAUGUUGGGCGGUAUUCAGGUGAUCCCGCUGACAGAUACAGUGAGCUUUAUUAUGUACGCCGUACGAGAUUGGAUGAGUGUUUUGGUAUUUGCAAUGCUAUGGGUUAUCAUGAUCACUCGAUUAUAUGCCAUGUAUCAACGAUCCAGGAAGAUCCUGAUAUAUCUCGUUGUCACUUUCCUGGCUGUGAACAUUUUCACCGGGGUGGUCACCUUAAUGAUAACCCUGCAUGCUUCAGCGGAGGCACUCAUUCUCUCUGGCACUUAUCAAUGCUCACUUCGCUACGCGAAAGAUUCACUUCUGGAUUCUAUUGCUUGGAUGCUCACCACUGUGUGGGAGGUCCUCGCACUGUGUCUUGCAGGUUGGAUUGCGAUAAAACGCUUUCGUGAAUUGCGACAACAUUCGGCAGAAGGGAUUAUCGAGGACUGUUUCACUGUGUUGAUGAAAACUCACGUGCUUUACUUCGCGAGUUUUAUUGCUGUUUCUUGCUUACAGCUCAUUAUUAAUUUCUCUUCGAUACCCUCGAGGGAAUAUUCUGUGGAUGCCCAGCUUUAUGUUGGGUUUCUUCAGAUUUUCUCAGUUGUGCAGAUGUUUGUGCUGGGACCACGUCUGAUCAUCAGUAUCCGAGAAUAUCACGCUAAGCUCGUGGCCGACUCCGAUGCUGUAACUGACAUGACCUCAAUCGCUUUCCAAGAGCGUGCGCAUAUAUUGACCGGCAGUAGUGUGUGAUGUUCGGCGAAGUUAACGGUUGUCUAGUGCUUGAAAGGAGCAGGGGAAUUUACUUAUAUUUAUUCCUACUUUUGACGAAGUUUAUCUGUUGUUCCAAAGUAGAUUUCAAGAGACAUAAGAACAUAAUUGAAG